ACUUUGAGAGAGGACAGUGGAGAACAUCAGAGCAAAAACAGUCAGAACGACUCUGAAGAACAACCAGAACCCAAAAACAUGAACAACAGAGGACGAAUGUAUGUGAGAAGGAAAUUAAGCACCCAAGACCGCUAACCCCAGCGAGCCAUCAUGGAUGACUGUUCAUCCACCCACACCUACCCCAGCCACCACCACCACCAUCACCACCACCACCCUUCUCUUCACCUCAACCUGCCCAGCCUUCAGAGCCCUGAGGUGGACUACUCACCUGCCCAGCCCACCCUGGAUCCAUUACAGCAGUAUGGAAGUAGAGGAGAAGAAUCUAUUUCCUCUUUCACAGCUUCAGGUGCCUCUUCUAAGGGACGAAAAGGAAGUAACGGAGGAGAGAGAGGCCUCCUGAACACCAGUGGAAGUGGGCUGGAUGCUAGUUUAGGAAGCCAUUUUGAUGGAGAAAGUGGACAUUUCGUAGACUCUUGGUACGGCAGCGGCAAAAAAGAAGAAACUUGGGACGACGGGGAGAGUUGUGAAAGUGCUGCAGAUGAGUUUUAUAGUAAAAUCGAUUGCUACAGAAACCCAAAUGAUGCUUUGAACAACAGGAAUUGUAGCACUGACGACAGCGUGGGUCCCAGAGGCAAAGCAAACUACAACAGUUUCUCCCACACUGGUUACGAACCCAAAACUGAGACGACUUACGACAUUGAAAGCCACUUUAUGAAACAAACUACGUCGGGAAGAUUUAGCGACGGCGGUUUAGAUCACUGCAGGAUGGAUUCAGUGGUGAGAGAUACUUAUUUAGGAAGAGAAGAAGAUUACGGAUCCAGCAGUGGCUCGGGUGAGGAUCAGCUUCAACCAACAGAAGUGGAGCUAAGUCCUUGGUUGAAUGUCUCUGUUAUGAAUCAGUCUGGGGAGGGCAGAUGGAGAGGGGGGCUACAGGGUUUGGCUUCAAGUUUCCCACCGCAGAGGUCACCUGUGGGCACUAACAGCAGGACGUACACUCAGAAACUGGACUCUUUCUCUGAUGCUUUCCUCUCUCAGCGUAAGAGAAGGUUCCCUGUGGUUCCCAGCGGGGAUUCCUCCGGACAAAUGUGGGAGUUGGAGUCCAUCAAAUCCAGACUCAGCUGUGCGUUUGACUCAGACUCUCCCCUGCCGCCCUCAUCCUCAUCCCCUGCUCACCCCUCUCUCCCGUCUUUCCCCUCCCCCCCUACGUCGUCUCACCUCAUGUCUUCAGUUCUCAGUCCACCUCCCACACCUUUGCCUCCUCCUUCCCACUCGCCCUCCAAAAUGGACUCUCCUUGUACUCUCGGGGCAUCGGCGCAUUCCCAGGGAAGGGAAACACUUGGGACGCUCCAGUUCUUUCCUUCCCGGCUUCAGUCUCUUCCUCCUCUUCACUCCUCUGGGAUCAUCUGGAAGUUCCCAGUGCUGCCACAUUGCUUCCCACAGUCGUCUGGGGACUGUAGCAGCAUCGAGGACAACCUAAGAUCUUCCCAUGGUAGUGACUAUGGCAACAGUGCAGCGCCACACGAUGUCGUUCAGUCGUCUGAAUCAUCACUGCUACCCUCACCAUCUCAGCGGCCGAUCCUCCAUCCAGCCAGAACUAGUUAUCCCUCCCUUCAUCCUCAUCCGUCUCACUCUUCUGGCAGUUAUUACAUGGCAGGGGGAAGUGGAGUUCCUUACAUGGUGGGCCAGACAGUACGGAACGGACCUGCCAAUGUCAGCCAGUCACAGCUGCAGCGAGAAAACUCCCCAAACUACACUGGAACUCCAUUUCCCAGCAUCCUUCAGUCUAGCAGAGGUCAGAAAAGGACCCGCUACACUCCUCGACCCCUCCUCAACCCAUUCCGCAGGGGGGCGGGGCUCUACUCCUCUCUUUCAUCUGUCCAUCACAGACAGGACGAAGUAGUGUGUGGAGAAGAUGAGGAGGGGUGUGCAGUUUUACCAUGUAUCAACGUGGGUCCAGACUUCCAGGCCGAUCUUCCCCCUUGUUUAACUCAUGACGGGUCAGAGGUGUGGCCAUCAGAGGAAUUGCCAAAGGAACAGUUGCUAUGGAAACCAUGGGAUGAGCUAACAGAGAGCAUCACCUCACAAGACCAAGUGGAGAAGCUGCUGUCCAUGUGUAAUUCCAGCUGCCUGCCAGGAGGGGGCAGUAACACAGAGCUGGCUCUGCACUGCCUGCAUUCCUGUCAGGGUAACACAAUGGCCACACUGGAGAUGCUGCUGUUCUCAAAACCUGCGCCAACGGGAGACUACCACUACUCGGGUACUGAUUAUUGGACAGACAAUGAAAAGAGCCUCUUCGGUGCAGCUCUGGAGACUUAUGGGAAAGAAUUUCCACUCAUACAUAUAAUGGUGAAGACAAAGACUGUGCGCCAGUGUGUUGAGUUUUAUUAUUUGAGCAAGAAGCUUCAGGAUAAGCAGAAAAAACUGAAAGAGGAGGAGAAUAGAAACACAGAGGUGACGGAGCAGAAGAGGGUGACACCCAUCUGUCAGCCAAUGGAGAGACAGAUGGGACUGGAGGAGGCGGUCCCUGUUCCCUCAUUGGCCAGUUUCUUCCCUUGUAAACUGUGUGGCAAAAUGUUUUAUAAGAUCAAGUCCCGUAACGCUCACAUGAAGAUCCAUCGGCAACCGCAGGAGGACUGGACCGACAGACGGCUCCAGCAGCAGAUCCUCACUCAGCGUCUGGCCCUCACUCGUCCCUCCAACAACCUCAUGCCAAGCGGCAAUCUGCUCCCGCCUCAGGCUCCGGUUCUGACGUUUUCCUCCUCUGGCCUCGCUGGAACAUCCAGCAGCAACAAGAAUGCAAACAAUGUCAUCAGUUCUAUAACCAGCAGUAGUAACAUAUCCCCAAGUGAUACCAGUGUCUUAGAUCACAGUACCGCAGUGACGUACAGCAACAUCAACUCAGCAAACUCACAUGUAAUCACCAGUAUUGACGGUGCUGAUCCAAGUCAAAGAGAGUCUGGUUCUGUUUUACCAUUUCAGCAAACAUGGGGCUCAUACGGACACAACCAUGACCCCCCUUCAUUCUACUGCAGCACAGAUGCGAAGGACAGGGCCCAGACAGGAGGCGGUAAGGAGCCGAUCAAAUGGCAGUAGCAGUAGCGUCCCUAAAGCAUUAGACACAUCGACAUGCAUUUCAUUCAAACUAAGUUUUUGAGAACUUCUGAAUAGAUUUUUGUGUUUUCAAUGGGAAUGGGGUAAGAAUACAGAUGAAGACUCCAUUUGCUUUACAUUAAGGACAGGAUCACCGAUAUUUACACCGGUGACGUGAAUUAAACUCCAUCUAUUACCGUUCUAGUUACCACGGGGUCAAAAACACGAUCCCCCUUCCUUCAACAUACUUCAUCAAAUAGCAGUAGUGUCCCCAAACUGCGGUGGCCCAGAGGUGCAACAGCCCAAAAAAUUAUCCAAUAUAAGAAUAAAAAGAAAAAGGCCCAAGAAUGAUCCGCUAUAAGAAAAAAAAACAA